AUGCAUGCAGAUUAUCUCCAGUGUGCUUCUGUCAAUUUCAUCAUCGAUUCAUCGAGUAUUCCCAGGUUAAAGUUAAACAAACUGCUCCAGUUAAACCUAAAAUCUACAAGACAAGGACAUGGACAUGUAUAUUUUAAGCAGCUUCUACAAAAUCCAUGCAAAAAAGACGAGUAUUUUUCUUCACUGGAGUUGACAUUUCUUUACCGGCCGGAAUUUGAAGGCACAGCAGAAAAGAUGAGCCUCUCAUUGAUGCAAGGUUUUACCAAGUCCUUGGCUUUGACAGUUUUAUCCGAAGUCGGUGAUAAUACAUUCCUCGCAGCUGCGAUUUUGGCGAUGCGGCAUCCCAGAAGGCUUGUGUUUUCAGGCUGCCUGGCAGCUUCAAUUGCUAUGACCAUUUGUACUGUUCUUCUUGGCUGGGCUGCUCCAAAUUUGUUAUCCCGUAGAUGGACUCAUCAUAUUACAAAAUUCCUCUAUUUUGGGUUCGGGUUAUGGUCUCUCUGGGAGGCUUAUAGUGAAGAAGAGGAAGAUGAAUUGGCUGAAAUGGAAGAAAAAUUGGAUGCUGAUUCAAAGGCUAGUAGCCAGGCAAGUAAAGGGAAUUGUGAGGAUGAGGAUGUGUUGAAAAAGCAAAGACAGCCAAUUCUUGCCCAAUUCUUCUCUCCUAUCUUUCUAAAGGCAUUUUCCAUUGUCUUUUUUGGGGAGUGGGGUGACAAGAGCCAGCUCGCUACCAUUGGUUUGGCUGCGGAUGAGAAUCCAUUAGGUGUCGUUCUUGGUGGAAUCAUUGGGCAAGCUUUAUGCGUAUUUGCUGCUGUACUAGGAGGAAAAAGCCUAGCAAGCAAAAUUUCAGAGAGAAUUGUUGGACUUGCCGGCGGCAUUCUUUUCAUAAUAUUUGGAAUUCAGUCCCUCCUGUCAUCAUUCCAGUCAUAA